AAUUAACAGUUGUCAAAUGAUUUUUGUUGUAUAGUUUUAAGGAUUAUUUGUUUCAACUAUCACGAGCCAAUAAAUACAUGACCAAACCAAAUGGUCUUCUUGAUCGAGAAAGAAGUUUCUUAGUGAUGAUGUCGAACGUGUUCGAAGGAGCUCCUCCGGAUUAUUCGUCGAUAUCCGUCGCCGUUAAAGGAUCCAUCGGCGACACCGUUGGAGGAGCUGCUAGCCGUCGCGCUGUUCGUUGGGCCGUCGACAAUCUCCUUCCCCAUAUCGAUCGGUUAGUUUUAGUUCACGUCAUGCCUACCGUAACCACUAUUCCAUCUCCUUCUGGAUCAAAGAUUCCAGUGGAGGACUUGGAAGAGAGCGUUGUGUGCAUGUACAAACAAGAUUUGAGAAAAGAAUACGAAGAGGUCUUUGUGCCGUUUAAUAAGAUCUGCGGUUCAAUCAAAGUUGAGACUCUGUUGCUGGAACAUGAUGAUCCUGCAAAGGCGCUUUUGAAGUAUAUAACAGAUAGUGACGUUGAGUGUUUAGUGAUUGGCUCCUGCUCUCCAAGUUUCCUUACAAGGAAAAAGGGACAAGAAAUGCCAUUAACGGUACUAGGAAAAUCUCCAGAGACAUGUGAAGUAUAUGUUAUCGCCAAAGAUCGAGUACUGACCAAAUCAACCAAUCAGUUAUCUCCAGUGAAACUUUCAGCAGAUAAACCAUAUAGUUUCCGCACACCCAAAGUAGCAGAAACUCAUCAUAUCAACCGUACAUGCUCGGAUAAGACAGGAUUGGCAGCUUCAUACAUGUCACCAUCACCAGCUAGGAAUCAGAUUCGAAGGCCCGUCUCUUUGCCGCCUAGUCAUCAAGUCUCUCGAGUGUUUUCUCCUGCACAGGCCUCAACUAGUAUCCCUUUGGCCCAUGACGAACAAGUCCGCUCUAUAUUUGGAAAUAAUUUUAUUUCCACUAGUAACAUGCAGUUGAACCCUGGAGCUAACACGAAAACACCCCAGUCAAAUGUAAUGUAUGAGGUAGAGCAGCUAAGGAAACAAGUACAAACCACUCUUAACAUGUACAAGCAAGCUUGUAAAGAGCUAGUUCAUAAACAAACACAGGUGCAGUCUCUUUCCUAUGAGUGUAUCAAAGACACCAAAAGGGUCAUAUCAGCUCUGGAAAAAGAAGAAAUGCUGAGAAAAGAAGCAGAAGAAGAGAAACAAAAGCAUCUAAAAGCCGUCAAAGAGAUCGAAGAAACAAAAGCAUUACUAGCCAAAGAGUUCUGCGAUCGGAAACUAGCCGAACUAAAUGCACUCCAGCAGGCCUUGGAGAAACAUAAAGUCAUGGACCAGCUCUUCUUGAGUGACAGUCGGUACAGAAAGUACACGAAAGAAGAGAUAGUUGCAGCUACAAAUAACUUCUCUUCGAGUAAAAUCAUCGGCGAAGGAGGAUACGGGAAAGUAUACAAAUGCAGCCUUGAUCACACCCCAGUAGCACUUAAGGUUCGAAGACCUGACACAAUCGAGAAGAAACAAGAAUUCUUAAGAGAGAUCUGUGUCUUAAGCCAGCUUAGACAUCCUCAUGUGGUUCUUCUCGUCGGUGCUUGUCCUGAUAACGGUAGCCUUGUCUAUGAGUACAUGGAGAACGGAAGCUUAGAUGCUCACAUCUCUCGCAAGAAAGGGAAACCAUCUCUCCCAUGGUUCAUCAGAUUCAGAAUCAUCUACGAAACAGCAUGUGGGUUAGCUUUCCUCCACAACUCAAAACCAGAGCCCAUCGUCCACCGUGAUCUCAAACCAGGCAACAUUCUCUUAGACAAGAACUAUUAAGCCCAACAGAGCUUGUCUCACAAGACCCACGGACAAGACACUGGGCUUUCCUCACAUCAAGCCCAAACAGACUGUGACAAAAGGACAAAGCUCUGCAACGGUAACUAAAGCAGUCAACAGAGUAAAACAAGAAGACAAGCUCACGGUUAUGCAACCGUACCAAACGCAGCUCAGCAAUAGGUUUCAAGCAUUGCAAGUUGAGGAUGAUUAGCUGUCAGAGCCAG